AUGUUGGAUCGGCUCGCAGAGAUCAAAGGCAAGUCCCCUCCGGGAGAUCAGGUCGCCAUUGAUGUUGAGGUGCGUGUUCCCCGUGGCGUCGUUCGUCCCAAGUUCAUGGAGGUGUUUUUUAAGGAUGUCGAGGAAAUGCAGAUGGACCUCGCCAAUAUAAGCCUCGCUUCGCAGCAGAUCACGGAGUUAAACAGCAAAGCCAUCCUUGCGACGUCAAAUACUGAAGAGCAAGCCAUUAGUACCGAGCUCGGGAUCGUGAUUGAGACCACGAAUAAACUAGCUGCUCAUGCCAAGGGACUACUGGAGCGGCUGAAGAAAGAGUCAGCUGAGAGGAAGAAGGACAAGAACACGCCUCUGUCUGAAGUCCGAAUCCGUGACAACAUGUGCGCUACCCUGACCAAGAAGUUCAUGGAUGCCAUGAAGGAGUACCAGAAGGCUCAACAAAAAUACAAGAGUGAUAUGAAGAACAAGGUUAAGCGGCAGGUACAGAUCGUGAAGCCCGACGCAUCCGAGGCAGAGAUCGAUGCAGUUAUGCGCUCUGGAGAUCCUGGAUCUAUCUACAAAAGCGCCAUUCUGCAGGGUGGGGCAGCCGAAUCCAUCACCGACGUUUUCCUCCACUGCCAGGACAAGUACCAGGACGUGCUCAAGCUGGAGCAGAGUGUGGCAGAGCUGCAUCAAAUGUUCCUGGACUUGGCGCUGUUGGUGGAGCAGCAGGGUGAACUGCUGGACCAGAUAGACUAUCAAGUACGCACAGCCGCCAACUACGUGGAGCAGGGCAACAAGGAGGUACAGAAGGCCAUCAAGCACCAGAAGUCAUACCGCAAGAAGAUGUGCUGUCUGCUCGGCAUCGGUGUUUCCAUUCUCGUGGCGAUCGUUGUCAUCGCAAUGGUACUUAAGAAGGCGUCGUAG